AACAGACAGAGUUACAAUUUCAGCGCUAUGAGCUUAUUCUGCUACAGUGCUAAUACGCGUGCUACCAUUAAUUCCAACAAGGUAGUGAAGAAUUUUCAAAAGAUGGUUGUUAUUCCUGUAGUUCUUUUUGCAACUCUCCUGUUACCAGUUCAUUCGUCGAUAACAGCAACUGUUACCCCUACCUCUCUGUUCACCCCUGUUAGAGGCAGCUCAGGUCAAAUCUCAUCAAGCCGAGUUUCCUCCCAGGGUUCUGUUGUGGUCUCUGCUAGACAGCCCUCAUCUCCAGUUUCUCUUCCGGUCUCCCAAAGUUUGAGUCUACAGCUUACUGGGCCGGAUGCUUCUUCCCUGUCUGUUAGUAGCCACAGGACCUCCUUAGUUAGUCCAACCAGGUCUGUCACUGUUCAAACCAGUGUUGUCACUGGUCAAACUAGUGUUGUCAUUGGUCAAACCAGUACGGUCACUGGUCAAACCAGUAUAAUCACUGGCCAAACCAGUGCAGUCACUGUUCAAACCAGUGUUGUCACUGGUCAAACCAGUACAGUCAGUGGCCAAACCAAUACAGUCACUGUUCAAACCAGUGCUGUCACUGGUCAAAGCAAUACAGUCACUGGUCAAACCAGUACAGUCAAUGGCCAAACCAGUACAGUCAGUGGCCAAACCAGUACAGUCGCUGUUCAAACCAGUAUUGUUGCUGGUCAAACCAGUAUAGUCAGUGGUCAAAGCAGUACAGUCACUGAUCAAGCCAAUACAGUCAGUGGUCAAACCAGUACAAUUGAUGUUUCGCCCACUCGAACAUCACCUGGUAUAAGUGCCUCAGUACCGACUGAUGUUAAUCCGUGCAAAAGGAACAACGGUGGCUGUGCGCACUAUUGCACAAGACUUAACAGGGAAUAUAACUGCAGUUGUAGUUCAGGCUUUAAACUGAAUGCCGACCGACACACCUGUACAGAAAUAAACGAAUGCAACAGCACGACUAACAAACAUAAAUGUGCGCAUAUUUGCGUGAAUACUGUGGGCAGUUAUGCGUGUGCUUGUCGCACGGGACACAAGCUUGAAAUGGAUGGUCUGACAUGUAAAGAAGUCACCACAAGUUCGCCCCCAGAAGCUGCUCAAAGUCACUACUGGGGAUGGGUCGUCUUUGGAGUUGCCGUGGCACUUGUUCUUCUAUCCAUCGUCAUGUUAAUUCUCGGAGUAAUUUCCAAGCGAGUGAUGAACAAUAGGAAAAGACGAGAAAUUUCAGGAGUCCGGGAGCUGACUGAAUUAAGUACUACUCAUCCAGUGGCGGAACCCAAUCCCGUUGAAAUCGAGCCUUGAGUGGAGAAACAAUAACUUACUGUUAAUUUGUGAUUGUGAAACCGACGACAUUUCUUAUCCCGUCCCGAGAACCGCGAUCCCUCAUGCGAUGUUAUCGCUAGGUUCUUGAUCAUUAGAUCGAUAGAGUGGGCGUGCUAAAUGUGACGGAGGUCUGGGAAGAGAUAGCAAGAGAGAGCCUGCAUUAUUCCUCCCCAUAUACCCGCCAUUUUUUGCUGACUGGUGUUAUCGGCAGUAACCACAAAGAGUCUAAGAGAGUCUUACAUUCUGAAUAAAACAUCACUUCCUUGACAUCUAAAUGGCUGUUUAUACAAGUAAGUUAGGAAAAUUCAGGAAAAACGACUUUCUAUUAAACCUGGAAAGUAACGAUUCUAUGGCUGACUGGUAACUUCACCUUGCGAUAUUUAAAAAUUGAGGAAACUAAGAAGUUAAAAGUCGUGCGUACAUAUUUUUGCUUUGUUGCGUUUUGUACCACUUUUAGCCGUAUAGAGGAGAUUAUUUUUCAUUAAAAAAGAGUCGUCUUUAUAAUGUUCAUCCGCCCACUGUCUGUGCAAAUUAAAAGGAAAGAUAACAUUCUAGUGGCGUUUGCUCUGCUAGGCACGUCGAAUUUUUAUC